UCCAUUUGUAUAUACGCCAUUGUCAACUAUCAUGACAACUGAUAGGGCAGUGUCACACGUUCAAUAUAUAUCGUGAUAUUUGCUGUAUUAUGAUAUGUAUUGAAUGUGUAGCAUGUAAUAUUGACGGAUCGUGUUCCAUAUUACAGAAAACCCAAAUUUUCUGAAAUCCAAAAUUCGUGUCAAUAUUUAUAAUGGAUCACGUGGAUCAUAGAAACAAAUUUUUCAGUUUAAGUAAUUUAUUGCUUCUUCUGAACAUUUUUAAAAAUGUCAGAUAGGGACGUUUGCGUUUUAGGUGACGACAUACUAAUGAGUAUCUUAACUAAAAUAUAAUGUAAUUCACUGGACGAUAAAUUCAAUGCCUGCAUUAGACACAAAAAAACAAUCAGAAGUGGUGCAUUGAUUGAAAAAUCGUUGAUUUAAAAAAAGAUUUCAAAAUUACUUUACUGAAAUCCGUUUUGAUUUUUACUGACAUUUUAAAUAAAUAUGUAAUUAUUAUUUAAAUAAUCUGAUACAUAUUUUUUUAGAAAUUCAUAAAAUAUAAAAAAUUGAGUCCUGACAUUUUUGACAAAUUGACAAACGUUAUGAGCUUCCAUAACAGCAAGCCUUCAAAGGGGGAUGUAACUAACUUUGGAGGAAAUACUUAUUGCGUAAUACUAAAUAUUGUUGAAGGCAUUGGAUUUGAUCUAAAUGCUGCCUCUAAUUAUAGCAUAAUUCUUAAAGUUUCCUUAAAUGGAGUACUCUUUGAAGUAGUGGGAAAGUCAAUAAAAUCAAAUUUUAUCACAUUUAAUAGUAAUUGUAUAUGGGAGUGCGAAUUGACUGAUAUAAAACGAAUGAAAUCAGAUAAUCGUCCAGUAAAGUUGGAAUGCCAUGUUAAAUAUGAUCAUUAUGAAAAUGGAUUUAUUAAGCGCGUGGGAUCAUUAUUGUUACCGUUGCGUGGAUUGAAGAUUAUACAUGCUCCUGAGAAUUUACAGAUUAUUCCGUCUUGGUAUAAAUUAAGUAAUUCAAGUCCAAAAGGUUUUCAAACACCACCACAAAUCAGCCUUAUGUUGUCAAUUGUUAAAAAAACCAUAGCAGAACAUAUUGAAUUUGAAACGAGAAGCUUAGACAAAUCUAUUGUUGAUAGUCCGAAAGUUGAACCGAUAUCAAUUACAAACGCUACUCACAGCAUGCUGCAGUCUCAAUAUGGAAUAUUUGUGAAAUUACUAGAAGAUGCUGGACAUAUACAAGUAGGCAAUGAUCCACAAAUGGAUUGCGACAUUUUCGGCGUCACAAUCAAUUUUACACAAAUUAAACGUUUAUUACCUCUAUUGAACAUUAUUGAGAAAUGUAAUGAAAUCAAGAAAAGAUCGUUUGUUUUUCAAUACGAUUUUCUAGGAAACGUAACAAAUAUUGAUAUUUUUAUAAAUACAAACGACUUCUAUACGAUUAAUCAAAAAUUUUCUAUAAAUUUUCGAUCUUCUCUGAAAGCACUUCGGUUAUAUUUUCAACGAGUUUUUUACAUUCCCAUUAAUUUAUAUGAUAUGAACGAUAUUGCCAUAGCAAAGUAUGAUUUUAAUAUUUCGCCAUUGCUCCCCGAAGAGGUACAAUUUUUCAAUAAGAAAUCUGUUAAUUUGUGGACGAAAUGCGGUUCAUUCCAUUUUGAUAUUUUCAAUAAUUUACCUAAUUCAAGUUCAAAGAUAUCACCUUUAGUCGAUUAUAUAGUCACUUUAGAAUUAAUUACACCAAAUUCAAAAAUAAACUUCCGUGAUAAUUUACCUAACACGAGUCAACAUGAGAGCACAGCAAAAGAGGAAAAUAAAAUAAGUCAGGAGACUAAAGUUGGAGAAUACAUACAUUUAUAUACAAAUACUUUCGAGGAAGUCGCUUUAAAAGACGUCCACUCAAAAACUAAUAACGAUGGUGGUACAAACUUUAUGUCUAACAAAUCAGUUUGUGCGACUGCAGUUAAUACAGACGAUCACUUUAUAGCUAAAGAACGACAAAAAAUGUAUUUACAUUUUUUACAUGAAUUUGAAUAUUGGAAGGAGAAGCAAAUUAAUCAUAUCACAAACGAAAUGGCACACACAAAGAAGGAAAUACGUGAUCGCUGGGAAGGUUAUAUAAACCAAAUAAUUGCUCGUCUUGAGACUAAAGUUUUGAAAUGCGAUAAAAUGUUUGAACAGUUAGAAAAGACACAAUCCCAAUUAAAUGUUAUAGCAGAUAUAAGCCUGAAAAAUGCAACAAUUGCAGACAACAUAACACGCGAAAUGGAAUCUUUUUAUCGAAAGAAAACAACUCAAUUUGAAAUGGAACUAGAAUGCUUAAGAAAUGAAAUUCAAGUAAAGGAAAUCGAGAAUGUGUUAUUGAAGAAACAUAAUGAUCAAUUGGAAAAGCAACUAUCAAUUUACCAAACUUGUCAUAUAUCUAUAGAUCAAUUAAAAGAAGUUCUAAAUGACAUGCGUAACCAAGCUACCCGUCUUGCGGCAAUAGAAUGUUUUUAUAAACGGCAAUGCUUUGAUGAAAUGCACAAAUGGAAAUUGAAAAUAUUUAAACUGCUUAAUGAGAGAAAUUUUUCCACAAACUUUGAUGUAAAUUUUAAUUUGGAUGAACUGUUUAAAGAAAUGUUAACUUUAAACUCAAAUAAUUUCGAUUCCUUUCAAGAAUCCUCUGUCAGCUGUUUAAAAUGCCCUCCUGGUGGUGAUUUUUUUCUUUAAUGUGUUUUUUAAUUAGUAAUACUUUUCAUUUAAAUAUGUUAGUUAUUGUUUAAUUUUUUUAAUUUGUAUUAUUACUUUUUGAAUGAAUAUAACAAAUUUAUAUACCUAUGUACAUUUAAACAUAUAA